AUGCAUACUCUGAUAGCUCUGGAGACACGGCCGUUCGACGAGUCUUCUCGCCACGUGAUUGACACGAAUCCUCAGAGCGGUGAGAUCUUUGCUAUAAAGCAAUCUAUCCUUACACCCCUCGAGAUUGCCCUCGGUCGCACGAAGCAGGCUUCUGCCGCAGACUACAAAUCUCUCACCUCCAUCGGCUCGGCACGGAGUCUGUCGCGUAGAGGAAAAUGGCGCCCAUGCGUUUUUAUCAACAAUGACGAAUAUAAGGCGAAGCAAGACGCUCAGAUCUGCUUGAUGGCUACUCUUGACGGGAAGCCUUUAUCAUCAUUCCCUCUUGUCUGGAAACACUUCUGCAUUCCGGUUUAUCCUACCCUCGGAACCGAAGGCUCUAGCAUCAUCCAUACAACUCCAGAAUGGGAUGGAACACCGGGCACACCGCAAUGGCUCGUAGCUAUCAUGUAUACACCUGAGAAGCUUCCAUCCGAGGCUUGGGAGGGUAAGAAGUCCAGGUCUAACCACCGCCUCACCGACGCCGAGCUAGAAAAUCUCGAGGAUAUAUGUGCCGUGCGAUGGGACACUUGGCAAAAAUGGUGUGUCGCGCAGCCCAACUUUCGAGCCGAGGAGUAUCGGAAAUACAGAAUCAACAUGCCGUCUAUGGACGCCAUGGCUUCCAUGGUACUUGAUCCUGCAUUCGAUAUGCAGACUUAUCUCGUCGGAAACAAUCAAAGAAGAGCAUGUUUCACUAUGGAGAACACGUCUAUCAUGGCUCGGACGGAAUCUGAAGAGCCCCCGGAAUUCCUCGAUCUCAUGAGCCCUGCAAUCUCGGCAGACGCUCGACCUCUUCAUGCUGUAUCGCGUGGCUGCCAAUCAUCCCGUCACCGCGUGGGCCAGAUACACAAGCAGAAACGAGCGCCAUAUGACAGCGUUCACUCUGCCUCUAAUGGGAAUAUAAACAAGCAACGCGGCCCUGCUCCGUCGUACGGAACACUCUAA